AUGUCUUAUUAUGAUUUUUCAAUUGAUAUAGAUGAAUAUGAUUAGGAUUAAAUCAAUUUAAUAAUUUAAUAAAUUUUUAAAAUCAAAAGUAAAGGUGGAGGUGGUUUAAUAUCUGCAUCAAGUUUUUCCUGUUUUAAUUGUUCAUUUGAAGAUAUAAUAGGAUUAAAAAGUUCUGUAUUUGAAAUAAAGACUUAAGGAGAUGGAAAUAUUUCAUUCAUAAAUUUAACAAUAAAAUCAUUAGAAUAUGAUUUAUCUUAAAUAGUUGAUAGUACAGGUUGUAUUACUAUUUAUUCUUCUAAUAGUUUACUUAAUUUAUAAAUUUAUAAUGCAGUAUUUUAAAAUAUAUUCAAUAGAAUGGCUCCUUCAAUUUUUACAAUAAUUCCUUCAUUAUAAAAGAAUUAAGUAAGAAUUGAAGAUAUUUAAAUUAUUAAUACAAUAUCAUUAAAGAAUCCAAUUAUCAAUUUAUAAUUUUCAUCAUAUGAUAUAAAUUUAAAUACAGUAAUUAUUAGAAAUAUCAAAAUAUCAUAAUAUGAAGAUAUUUGGAUUAAAUACUUUGAUAAGACUGGAAUGAUUAGUUAAUCUGAAAUUUAAGAUCUAACUGGAACGUCUAAUGCUAUGAUAUAAUUAUCAAAUUGUAAAGUUGUUAUCUAAAAUAUUUUAAUUUAAGGUCUUUAUGCCUGCCCUUUAAUUAAAUUGAUUAAUGUUUAAUAUUUAUUUAUCUCUUAUUUUUAGGCAAUUGAAAUUCAAACAUUCUAUGGAUUCAGUCUCUUAGAAUUAAAACUAAAUUUGUAAAUAAAAUAAAGCAUUUAUUUUGAAUUCGUAUAUAUUUACCACUUUAAACCUUAUAUAGUUAGGGAUGCUUCAAUCUUCUACAAUCCUAAAAUAAAUUAUAUGAUUUCAGGAUGCGGUUAAGUUGAAAAUAUUUAAUAGAAUCCUUAGAUUUAUUAUUUUAAUGAUCUCAUUAAUCUUAUGUAAACUUGGCAAUUGAGCUCAAUAAUAGAAAUUCAAACUGAUUCAAAUUAGACGGUCAUAUAUCUUUAAAAUAUCUUAUUAUAGGAUAAUUUAUGUUAGGACUGUUCAAAUGGACUAUUAUUUUUGAAAAUGGAAAAUUAAAGUUAAAUAAUAAUUAGAGAUCUAAAAUGUAGUUAAAAUAUGGUUUAAAUUAAUGGAUGCAUUAAUAUUGUAACAAAUUAUUCAUAAAACUAAACUAUAUCAAUAUCUAACUCUAACUUCUUACUUAAUAACGGUACUAAUGGUAUAGCUAUAUAUUCAAGUGGCAUAGCCAUAAGUAUUGCUAAAUGUAAAAUCAUAUAAAACAUAGGCGCGUUAGGAGGCGGUUUAUUUUUAGAAAUGAAUAACAUACAUUUUUUAAUAAGAGAAACAAUAAUUAUAAAUAAUUUUGCAGACAAAGGAGGAGGAAUUUAUUUUUAAGGUUAAUCUCCCAUCAAUUAAGAGAAUUUUAUUUAAUCCCUCAUUUUAUUCAACAAAGCUAACACAGAAUCAAGUAAUUUCUUUGAAUUUCCAGCCCAUUUAAGUUUGAUUAUAAAUUCUUAAGAAAUGUAAUCAGAGGAAAUUUAAAUUAGUAAUAUUAAAUUAAGAAGGUUGUUGCUAAAACCUUAUAAAAUAAUAGAAUAAGGGGUUUGUAAAACUAGUUCAUCUUUGAUGAUUCCAAGUGAAUAAGUAAUCAAAGAUUAUACAAUUUUCAUUCCAUCACAACAAGUAAGUUUGAAUAUUUUCGAUGAAUUUCAAAUAUCAUUAAGAAAUAGUAGAAAUGAAUUAUUGACAAAUUCACAAUUAUUAUUUUGCCAAGUCUCACAAAUUAAUUUAGAAUUUAAUUAGGACUUCUAAUUAGAUGAAUCUGAAAUAAUUGCAACUCUUCAAGCAGAUUAUAAUUCUUACACUUUUGAUUUAGGAUCUAUUUCAUUUCAUUUUAAUCCCUAUCAAGAAGAAAAUGAAUAUUUAUAGAUAUUAAUAAGUUGCUCAACAUUAGAAUCAACAGAAUAUUUAUACUAUUUAAUUAAUGCAAGAACUUAUAAAUGUUAAUUAGGGGAAUUCUACGCUGAUGAAGGAUGUUAAAUUUGUGAAUCAAUAUAUGGAUUUUAUUCAGUAACUUAUAAUGCUACAAAGUGUUCCAUAUUUGAUAAAAUUAAAUUUGCAAAUAUUACUUCAAAUUCUAUUUAAUUAUUUGAAGGUUAUUGGAGACCCAAUUUAUAUUCAGAUUAUACAGAGUUUUGUUUCAAGAAUGAAAAAUUUUGUAAAGGGGGUUGGAUGGUUGGAAACGAACUUUGUAGUAUAGGACGUAUUGGAGGAUUAUGUGAAGAAUGUGAUACUCAUAAUAUAAGAGGGGAAGGAUAGUUUUUUAAAAAUUAAUCAGAUGCUGAAUGUUUUGGUUGCUCAAUUAAUACAAUUACACCUUUCAUUUUGACUUCCCUUUGGUAUUAAUAUGUAUUAUUAAAGGGCUAUUAUUACUAUAUUGAUAACAUUAAGAAGUAUUGAAAAAUCAAAUUAAUUAUUUUUUACCUGUAAACUUAAUUUUAAGCCAAAUAUUGCCAAAAUUUUAUUUAAAUUGGGCUAAGGUACUAUUAUAAAUUUAAAAUUUAGAUAUGGAAAGUAUUUUCAUAAAGAUGGUUAUUAAUUAUUUAUGGAUAUUCUCAGUUAUAUUUACAUUUAAUAUUAAUUUUUCGAUAUCACUUUCGUUGAUUGAAUCAACUAGUAAUGCUUCAUAAUUCAUGGCAUUUAAUCUUGAUUGUUUUAUAUCGAAUACUUUUGAAAAUGAACUCAUCUAUCUCAGGAUAAUUGCUACUUUUUUAUUAAUUCUUAUUUAAUUUAUAAUAAUAUAGCUUGGAUACAACUUAUAUACACUUUUGACAAAAGGUAGAUUCUAAAGAAGCAUUAUUUCAAAUACAUUAUUAUACCUCUAUGUGUCUAAUUACUCUAGUUUAAUCAAAUAGUAUAAAAUAUUUAAAAAUUAGAUUUUGUUCAAUUGUGUCAAAAAGAAUAAUAUCAAAUAUUUAAUAUGUAUAAGGAGAUGUUUCAUUAAUUUAUGGCACUUAGAAUCAUUAUUAAUGGAUGUAUGUAUUUGCUAUACCUGGACUAACAAUAUUUGGAUUAUUAAUUCCUUUAUUUUUUUUUUUUCUUCUCCUUAACAAAAAAGGCAAACUUGCAAUUAUAAAAGUUAGAAGGCAUAUUUGUUAUUU